AUGGCGGGUGUGGAGGUACUAUUCGGAAUGCUGGCGGAGCAUUUGGGAGACUUGAGGCUGCUCGUGAAGGCGAAUAUUUCUUCCAUCUUCUCGAGGAGGUCGCUGUAGUGAACGGAAAGCUCGCUCUUAUCAGUUUUAUUAAGCAGUGUUCUUUGUGCUGGACGAACAGUUGUUUUUUCAAGUUUUCUCGUACAGAGCUGUUUAUUUUUAAUAAUUGCUAA